AGCUGUCUAAACAUGGAGGUUGGCCGAAGCGUUUAUCUACAGAGGUUUUGAUCGUACGUAAUAGCCCCUUUGGAUCGAAUUAACCAACCAGAAUUCGCCAUCAAAGGUUACUGCAUUUGACAGUUUAUCAUUCUUUGUUGUUCGAUCGUUUGUUGAUUGUAGAAUGACGAUGGAAAACAUGGGUGAACUAACCGAUCAACAAAUUGACAAUUCGUCCACAACUCCGAUCAGUUCUAGUCAGAGCGUGAGCGAGAAGGAGUUCACGGUUACACCUAAGCAGGAGUUCGUGGAUCCUAAUAGUGUUGAUAGUGCUAGUGUUAGUCCAGGUGUUGGCGAGUCAUCACCUAGUGGAGAGUUACCCAGUUCGGAAUUAUCUAGUGGGGAGCUUGAGUCCCCAGCUAUAACGCGUGCGGACCUCGUCUCAGUGAUACCGGUGAGCAUGAUUGACACACACGAGUUCAGAUCUCAGAUGGGGGAGAUACAGUACCAGACACUCAACGGAAGGAUGAGUCCUGGAUAUUCAACUAACUAUGCUACACUUACACCUCUGCAACCUCUACCGCCUAUCUCAACAGUGUCGGACAAGUUUUUGCAGAAUUCAGCAAACAAUUUUCAGUUGAUAAACAAUAUGAAUGGAUUACAAGGAAUGGAAAACAUUAUGACAUUAAACAAUUACAACAGUUACGAAAAGAUGAUGACACCUGUUUCAAUACCGAUUUCAAUGAUGGGACAAAUGAACGGGUACAAUCAGACAAUAAGCUACACUUAUAAUGUUGGUCAGAAUGGAUUGCCGUCACCUAAACAAGAUAUGAAGCCAAUUCUUUCUCCUGUUCAUUCAUCAUCCUAUGAUCCAUAUCAAUUUCAACAGAAUGUUUCAGUGCCGUCCCGCAUGCAUUCACCUAUGAAGAUAAAGCAGUGCGAUUCUCCUAUUCCUAUGAUGCAGGGUUCAAACGGCCUCCACCUCAGUCCAGGAAUGGAAAGCACAUCACCACAUAGCAUGCAUAGUGGAAGCCCACAACAUCAGGGUAUGGAUCAGAAUGGCAAGGAAGUUGAGGAAAUUAACACAAAAGAACUGGCACAAAGAAUCAGCAGUGAACUUAAGAGAUACAGUAUACCACAGGCAGUGUUUGCCCAGCGUGUGUUGUGUCGCAGCCAAGGAACCCUAAGUGACUUGCUGCGAAACCCAAAGCCUUGGAGUAAGCUGAAGUCUGGUCGUGAAACAUUCAGACGAAUGUGGAAAUGGUUGCAGGAGCCAGAAUUCCAGCGUAUGUCUGCCUUGCGGUUGGCAGGUAAUCAAGCAUGUUUACAACCCCAAGAGAAUGAGGGCCCAGGUGAGGACUACAACCCAUACAAUGGCUGGAACAAUGAUGCUGGGUCUUAUUCAAACGAUGUUCAAGUUAAAUAUGAGCCCGUUGAAGUGAAAUAUGAAAUAGACAGCCCGGGCCCCGACAGUCCCACAGCCUCAAUCAUCUCCAAUGGAUCAACCAGAUUGAUGGUUUGUCACGCAGAAACGGGUGAAAUUCUCUGUCGGAUAGCGGUCAAGCGAAAAGAGUCGGAGAUUUCUACACAACAGGAGAACCGGGGCCCAAAAAAGCCAAGACUUGUGUUUACUGACAUUCAGAGGCGAACCCUCCACGCGAUUUUUAAGGAAACAAAAAGGCCUUCAAAAGAAAUGCAAGCUACCAUUGCCCAGCAGCUGGGUUUGGAAGUGACAACAGUUGCGAACUUUUUCAUGAACGCGCGGCGUCGAUCUGUAGAUAAGUGGCGUGAUGACAAUGGAAAUGACAACAGGGACAGUGCGCCGACUGGCAUGCCGAAAAGUUGACAUCCUUAACAGACCAGUCAUGAAUAUUUCUUUUUGAAAUGUUUUUAAUGAAAGAAAACACAAUAACAAACACAUUGUAGAAUAUUUCUGUUGUAUUGUGUAGCGUAUACUGCAACAUGAAUGAUCUGCUCUGUAUAAGUGAAAAUAACCAGUGUGUUCGUGACUAAACAAAGCUUCGACGUUAUCCAAGAAAAGCUGCCAGUCAGCUUGAAAACAUGGUCAGGGUUUUACAUGUGCGUGUUCAUAGAGUUCUGGUAGACAAUGGAUUCUGAAUUCCCAUUUCAUAGAUGUUUCAACUGACUUAAAAACACUUAUCUCGUGCUAUUUUGUGUCAAGAACUCAAUGAAUAAAGGCAGGCGACGGUCAUUAAUAGCUUGAAGAUCUUUGCAAUAAGGCACAAGUUUUCAGUCCAAAUUGCGUUGGAGUAAUUGAUGAAAUGUUGCGUACAUAUUACCAAAUCAUUUCAUUCAUUGGGGUGUCACUUUACAUAAUAUUUGUGUACUUUAUUUCUCAUGAUCUGUAUUUAUUGAUUAAUGUACAUGUGGUGUAUAUAUAUUUAUGUUUUAUUUAUAUAACAUUCCUUAAAUUUACUGAUGUUAUAUAGUGGAAAUUUUAUUUAGGUAAUGGUGUUUUAGAGUGACUCAUGCACUCUAAGCUCAAUAAGGUAGCAGAAUUAGUCAUGGACUUAUUUAUUUCUUUAUGUUAAUUUUCCCUGAUUAACUGUUUGUUUGUUUUCUCUAACUUACAAAAUCAUUUAUACUGAUGAACCCAUUUACUUUGUUCAUUUUAAAACAAAAUCCAAAAUCUGCAUUGUGCUGGGCAAUAGAUCUGAAAUCCUUCUUCUCUCUUGCAAUGUUUUAAAGGGAUCUUUUCACGGAUUGGUAAAUUGACAAAAUUGAAAAAAGUUGUUUCAGAUUCGCACAUUUUCGGUUUAGUUAUGAUAUUUGUGAGGAAACAGUAUUACUGAACAUUUGCCAUGGUCUAAUAUAGCCAUUAUAUGCAUCUUUUGACGAUUUAAAAACCUAAAAAUUAUAAAGCGUUGCAACGCGAAACGAUUUAAUAAUUUGGAGAGUUCUGUUAUUGUCGUUAAAAUUUGUGAAACUACGAAGAUUGCUUAUAUACCGCAUAAAAUACGCAUCUCAUGUAUGAUUGGCAGGAUAGCUCAGUUGGCUAAUGCGCUUUUACUUCAGGAUUCCGGGGGUCACUGGUUCGAGCCCUGCCGUGGGCUACUUUUUUUCCUUUUUAAAACUUUAUUUUUGAUUUUUUACUAGAGCUUUUAAAAUUUAAUGUUUACAUUUAUCAAAAUAAAGCAUUUAAUGAUAAACUUCAAAACAUGACAAAAUCUGUGAAAAGGUCCCUUUAAUCUCAUUCGAAUCAGGCCAUGCUUCACAUUUGUCAUAACAUUUCAACCUUUUAGUGUCUGCAAAAUCCAAAGUUCCCUCUAUAAAUGCACUGCUUGCGAAAUCCAAGAUAUAUUCUGGAAAAAUCUUUUGUUGUUGUGCCAUUUUUUCACUUAUUAUCUUUGAUGCAUUCCAUGACAAACACAAUGCAUUCCAUUUGGAGUUUUCGGCAAAAUGAAAGUUCAGUUCAGUACGGAAAAAAACGAAUGUUUGUUUUGUUCCUUUUUUGCCCCAGGUCUUACAAAUUGCAUAAUUUACAAUAAGAAAUCCAAUUGCAAAAAAAUUGUUUAUAUGUAUAUGUGCAUAUGGAAGCAAUUAUUAUUUUUUAACACAAUAUCUUAUUAUGUUAUUGUAAUGUGUGAAUCUUUCAGAGGGAUGUUUCAAAAGCAAAACUAUUUUGAAAUUUCAAUAUAUGUGAACAAAACUAAGAUGAAUACAAUUGAAACAUGCAAAUACUUGGAAAAGCACUACAACUUUACAUGGACAGUUUUGUAAAUUUCAAAGCUGCAUUUUUAUCUGAAAGACUAGUAUUAAUGUGAAAAGUAUUAAAAUCUGUCUCACAUUAUCUCUUGUGACAGAAACCAUUGAAAGUAAAGCAUUAAUAUGUUAUAAAACGUAUCACUUAGUUAAUAAAAAUGAAUGAUUCAGGCAAUAUUAACAGAUCAGACAACAAUUUAAUCUCGUUCCAUUUCUGAAAAUUGAACAAUUCACAUACAAACUUACAUUCCAGUUUGGCAUGAAUUUAUCAACCAAUCAGGAGCAAGGUUGCAACAAUUAUAUAAAGGCUUCGAAGCACGGUGCAAUAUGAGGCAAUAUAUCAUAGGUGGCCACUGAUUAAUUUUUAUAAUAUUAUGUAUCGACUGAAAGUAUGUUGUUGUUUAUCAUAUGUUGUUGUUGUUGUUUCUAUAGUUAAGAAAUCUUCAUGACAAGCAUAUUUCGUACACACCUUCAUUUUUAUGAUGAUUUUGUUUUUUAUUGAGCAUACACACGCAAGCAGGUAAAUUGUAAAUAAUUGCGACAGAUUUUUAUAUGACGUCUCUAUAACUUUAAUGUUGUGAUAACUGUGUUGUAUUCAUCAUUCAUCCAUUUUUUGUAUUUUAUGUAUUUAGUAGGUAUGUUUUUCUCAUAGUUAAGGAUAGUGAGUUCUAUUACCAGUAGUGGCUUUUUGAAGUUUGAUAGAAUAAGACAGAAAUUGUGGUUUUCAUUUUGUUAGUAAUGCUCUAGAUAUUGACCUGUGUGCAUUUUUAGAAUGGAAAAAACUGUAUAAGUGCUUGAUUGUGAUAUGUAAAAUAUGAAGCUAAUAAUCACUGUUUAAUUUUCAAAACAAAAUAAGUUGUAAAAGUUUUAUCUCCUGCAAUAUUUCUAACUGAAUUUAAAUGAUUCUCAUGUUUAUUUUUUUCAAGUGGUAAUGUAACACAGUGAACAAAUUAAUGUUAUCAUUUUGUGUGAUCUGAAUGAACAAGCUCUUUGAGAGAAUUUAAAUUAUUUAUGUGACAAUGAUUGUCAUUGAUUAUUGACGGUCGUUGAAAUUGUUUAUGUUUAGUUGGUGUUGAUUUAUCAAUUUAGCGUUGUGAGUAAUUUUUUAACUUGUGCUUUUAUUUUCAAUUAAUGUAUGAACUUGUUUAUAUGUAUAUCAUCAUGAGGCAUAUCAUUUUUGUUGGGUGGUUAGAAUCUCUAUAGACUGUGCUUUUUAUGUUGUGAAAUCCAUUUUUUUAUUUCAAUGAACAAAAGCUUGUUCUCUCCAAUUUUGUGAAAGUUGAACUUAUACUUUUCAAGUAUGGCAGACAAAUUAUGGCAAGUGUGUGUUUAUAAAUCUGGCCCCGUGUUCACAAAACAAUUUUGCAAUCAAAAUCGAUUUUAACUGACAUCGAUUUUCUUUUUUGCCUAUCAACUACAAUGGAAAUCCAUUUUCAAUGACGAGCAAAAUCGAUUUUCAAUUGCAAAAAAUGUUUUGUGAACACGGGGCCUGGUUACAAAUCGUUUUGGUAUCCCAACUUAUGGUUCCAAAUUGUGCAAAUCAUUCUUCUUAGGAACUAGUAAUUUGGAAAAGGCAAACGAUUAUUGUAUGAAAAAACUGUAGGACAGUGUACUGUUUAUAACUUCAUUUCACGCAUUAUUAUGUCGUGCCUCGACAUGUGGAUUACAUGUCCACGUGUAAAUGUGCAAAAAUCCCCUAUCCGUUCUGCCUGCAAUAAACACCUUACAUUGUUAUUUAUUUUCCACUUUUAAUGCAUAAUAUAAUUUCUACAGUUUUUGGUACUUAAUUAACCACUCUAUUUACAGGUUUCAUAAAUUUAAAUUAACCCAGCUUUAAAUAAAAGCAUAAAUAUUUUUGAGUGUGAGUUUUGAUUGGUUCCUGUAUUUAAACCUUUCUAUUGAUUGUUUUUCUCAUUAUCAGAUCUGGUAUUGCCUGCCUUCUUUACAUGGCAUAGUACAGAACACAGUUUGAUUAUUUGUUUUUCGCUUAAAAAAAUAGUAAGUAUUAACAAAUUAUUCUGAGCAGUUAAUUAUUUUCUGUGUUUGAUUCUCCAAAAAGAAAUCUCACCUUUAUUUAAUUCACACAGAACUUGAAAUGUACCAAUAAUGUAUUGUUCUUCUUUCGUUGCAAACCAUAUCAAUGUAGAAGAAGUAUUUGAUGCUGUAUAGUUUUAUGUUAUUAUUUAAAUGUUUAGUGUUUGAAUGGCACUUGUUUAUGUAUUCUGCGUUACAUGUAAUUUAUUUAAUUUAUUUAUUUUGUCCAUGCAUCUGGGCUCACUUGCAUCAGUGAUAUGAUGAAAACACAAUCACCUUUUGUCGUCUAGUGACGGAGCAUUUUAUUUAUAUUCUGCAGUAUUUUAUGUUGUUGCUUUGGAACCUUUAUUUGAAAAACUUCUGAAUAAAUAAUUUUUUUAGUGUUUAUUAUGUAAUUGUUUAUGAAUAUGUUAAUACUUUGGUUGAUUUUCUGAGCUGUCUCUUCAAGUAAUGCAUUUUGGUUUAAAAACUAAAUCACACUAUGAAAUUGGGACCACUUUGGCAAAGUAUUAUUUAAUCAUUGAUAUGUUUAAGUGUUUAAUGGCCUAAGUGUGAUUGCCGCUGGACCAUAACUUGGACAUUCUUCCUGCUAAGUAAGAGAUACUGGCUUUACUGCAGCAGCCGUCACAGUGUGUCACUAGUCAACUUGCAAGUGUGCAGACAACUUGUCUUGAUGGAUGUUUUCCUGGGCUGUGUUGCUCUCAUGCUCUGUUCAACGCUCACAGUUGUUUGCAUUCCGGGCCCAUGAUUGGUGUCCAGUGUGUAGACCUCACCGUGUUUCAGGGUCCUAUAUAUCCUUUUGCAACAUAGUCAAUCACAAACAAAUGUCAUGUGUCUCAAAUUGAGAGGUCAGCUUGCAUUUUUACGACUCUCACAUUCCGUCCGUUGUUUGACAUUUCAUUUGCUAGUCUGUGUCAUAUGUUCCACUACAUAAAUAAUAAAUUUACCUUGUCCAGUAUUUUUAUUAGAUAACCAUUUGCAUUGGAUCUUUUUUCAUGUACUUUCAAAAACAAUUUGCAAAUUGAAUACCAUUCAGUUAUAUUUUUUUAAUUGAUUAAUUUGAGUGAAAAUAUCUAGUGAUAUUGUCAUUAGUCUAGAUUUCCUAGUUGAAUUAAAAAAAAACACUGUUUGAACUAAAGUUACUAUAUGAUUGUUGCAAUCUAUAUUGAGUGUAAGUAUCAAUCUAUAUUGAGUGUAAGUAUCAAUCUAUAUUGAGUGUAAGUAUCUGUUAAUGGAACCAAUCAUGGGCAGGUUUGCAUGCUUUUCAUCUUGUAAGAAUGUCCGUUUCUUGUGCAAUAUUUUAAGUUAUAUUUCAUGUUGUCAUGUUUUGACAAAGGUAUGGAAGGGAGUAAAGGAUAGCUUGUGUGGACAUUUAACUGAGCUUUAGAAAUGACCAUUACAUCACAUUACAAUUUUCUUAAAACUUCAUAAAGGAAUUAAUGACAAUAUGUAAUUUGCAUUUAAAGGUUUUAAAAAAGUCAUUAGAAAUUCAUGUAUUUCUACAUCUCAAUACAUUUCUCCUGUUUUGUUGAUAUACCACUGUUAAUUUAUCUAGAUAAAAAGCAUGUUUGUUAGUGUGGGUGUGUUUGUGAUUGUACAUUUUAAAGGCAAUUUUAUGGGGACAAUUCUGUAGAAACUAGAUUUCUAUGUGUGCUGUCACUUUGGGUGUGUGUUUAACACAAUCUUUAGAAUAUAACGUAGAUCUUGUUGAAGGGUAAUAAUACAUUAAUUCAUAUUAAUCAUUGCUUUGAUUCAUACAAUGUUAUUGAAUAAUCGGCAACAAGCCAGUAUUUUUUCUGGCCAAUUGUAAUUAAAUCAGUUCUAGUACUAUUGUAUAAUGAUAUGACUGUUAAAAAUAUACAUGUAUUCGUGUCAACAUUGAGGUCAUCUAUGAUGUCUCAAAAUGUUCAGUUGUUCUGGCAACCAUUCCGUGUCAAUUGUAUAUGUUGUGGUAGUGAUAGAUAUGCAACGGUUAUUUUUUACUUUGUAUGCCUGAAUAGUUCUCUUCGUUUUGCUGAUCUGUAUUGCUCUAGAACACUGGCGUGGAAACGGGAGAUUUUCUCAGUUCCUUUUUUUAUCUUCUAUAGAUCACUUCUAUAAUGUUUGUCUUAUCCAUUAACAUUGACUUAGUAUUCAUGUAUGUGUACAAUAAACUAUCUUGAUAUUGAA